AAAUGUUUUCGAUUUGCUAGGCUGUCAUGUUGUCUUUGGAAUGGGCAUUUCACGCCAAUAUUAUAUAGAUGGUCUAAAUUGCUGUCCAAACGAUUCGUUAUAUAGAUACACGAGACGAUGAUAAAGACAGAGAAAAUUCUGCACCUAAAGAGUUCGCGUGGGCGGAAAGUUCGGGUAGUUCGUGAGCACUAUUUGAGAGAACAUAUUCCAUGUUUCAGCGCUCUCUGUCAAGCGGAUUGUACCAAUGAAGGUAAGGUCCUGUCUGCGGAUGCAACUCACUAUGUAGUGCCAGACGCCGGGGUGGUUCGGGACUUCCUGGAGGUGCUGGAGUUCAGAGAACUGCGAGGGAUCGUGUUCACUCAGACGGCGUGCCAAGCAGUCCAGCACAGCCGCGGACGCAGACAGUACAACCGACUGCGCAGUCUUCUGAAGGACCCCCGGCAUGACUGCGUGCUCUUCUGCAAUGAGUUCCAGCAGUACGCCUACUGUCCCAGGGAGCAGGGCGAGGCCCAGGACAAGUGGCAGACAAGAUGUGUGUAUCACGCAGCGGUGUGGUACUACGAUCACCUGGCAGGGCUGAAGCCGGUAGUGAUGAUCACUGAGGACCCUGCUGCCGUGAGCGAGUACAGCAGUCUGAAAAGCGGCGUUUAUGUCAUCUCCACACAGGAGUACCUGCAGAGUUUCUGGCCAGACCUGCAGGGGGCGCUGGAGCUGCACAGCUCCAUCUCUCAGGCUCUACAGGAGCGGGAGAGCGAGGGCCAGGAGCGGGAGUAUGCCGAGCACCUCCCCCCCGAGGUCCUGGAGGCGGGGAUCAAGUCGGGCCGGUACCUGCAGGGCACUCUGAAUGUGAAUAAGCACAGGGCACAGAGCGAGGCCUUCGUUCGGGUCGAGGGUUCCACCAAUAAGAAUGAAGAGCUGAACACCGACGUGCUGGUGUGCGGCGUGAAGCUGCGGAACCGCGCGGUGCACGGCGACGUGGUGGUGGUGGAGCUCCUGCCGCGCGCAGAAUGGCGGGGACACAAUACGGCGCUGACGGAGGGGGAGGGCGAGGCGGCGGAGGAGCCGCAGAGUCAGCCCAUGCCCACAGGUUAUGUGGUGGGCAUUCUGCAGCGGAAUUGGCGGGAUUAUGUGGUGACCUUUCCCCCAUGGGAGGAGGUUCAGUCUCAGAGCCAUGGCUCCCAGCGCAUCCUGGUCAUACCGUGGGACUACCGGCUGCCCAAGAUCCGCAUCAGCACCCAGCAAGCUGAGGCCCUGCAGGGACACAGGGCAAUCGUGCGCUUGGACUCCUGGGACAGCACCUCCCUCUAUCCAAACGGCCACUUUGUGAGGGUGCUGGGGAAAGCGGGCGAGCUUGAGACUGAAAUCCACACCAUCCUGACUGAGAACAGCAUCCAUGUGCCUCCCUUCUCUGAGGCCCAGUUGCGGGAGAUGCCACAGAAUUCGCAGGAGAACCCCUGGCAGGUGGAGCCUGGCCAAGUGGGGGCGCGGAGGGACCUGAGGGACACUCGCCUGGUGUUCAGCAUCGACCCUAAGGGCUGCGAGGACGUGGACGACACGCUGUCCGUACGCACCCUGCCCGGGGGGGUACUGGAGCUCGGCGUCCACAUUGCGGACGUCACUCACUUCGUCAGAGCGGGGUCGCUUACGGACCUGGAGGCCCGCUCCAGGGCCACCACAUACUACCUGGCUGACCGGCGCUACGACAUGCUGCCCUCCGUGCUGAGUGCAGACCUGUGCUCUCUGCUGGGCGGCAAGGACAGGUAUGCCAUGAGCGUGCUGUGGCAGCUGGAUGCACAGUCCCUGGCGGUGCAGCAGGUGUGGUUCGGGCGCACGCUGAUCCGCUCCUCCUACCAGCUGCACUACGAGCUGGCCCAGAGCCUGCUGAACGGGGACGAGGGGGCCGAGGUCCCGGAGCUCGCCCCUCUGGACCCCGCCGAGCGCCGCAGGAAGCGGGCAGAGCUCUGCCGGGCGCUGGAGGCGCUGACCCGCGUGGCCCGGCAGCUGCGGGCCCGGAGGGACGAGGGCGGAGCCCUGGAGCUGGAGGGCGUGGAGGUGCGGGCCCAGCUGGACGCCGACAGGAACAUCACCGCCCUGGUGCCCAGGCAGCCCCUGGAGGUGCACGAGACGGUGGCGGAGUGCAUGAUCUACGCCAACCACUGGGUGGCACGCAAGAUCCAGGAGAGCUUCCCCCACCAGGCGCUGCUGAGGCACCACCCUGCCCCCCGGCAGCAGUUCUUCAACCAGCUGAUGGACAGCGCCAAGGCCCGGGGCUUCACCAUUGACACACGGUCCAACAAGGCUCUGGCGGACUCCCUGGACCGGGCCGUGGACCCACAGGACCCACUGGUGAACCGGCUGUUGCGGAUGAUGGCCACACAGGCCAUGUCCAACGCCCUGUACUUCUCCACUGGGGCGUGUUCCCAGGACCAGUUCAACCACUAUGGUCUGGCUCUGGACCGCUACACCCACUUCACCUCCCCAAUCCGUCGCUAUGCCGACGUCAUCGUGCAUCGCCUCCUCACUGCCGCCCUUGAGAAGGACAAAGAGGUGGAGCCAAAGGAGGCACCAGCCAGUAACAAGGAGCUGGAGGCACUGGCACACCACAUCAACGACAAGAACAGGGCGGCCCAGCACGCUCAGAAGCAGAGCACAGAGCUCUUCCAGUGCCUCUACUUCAAGGAUAAAGACCCAAUGACAGACGAGCGCUGUGUAGCAGACGCACUAGUCUAUGCCAUCCGGGCCAACGGCAUGCUGGUCUUUAUUCCCCGGUACGGGGUGAAGGGUGCGGUGUACCUGAAGAACCGAGAUGGCCAGGUGUUAAGCGUCAGGGCGGACGGGAGCUGUGAGUGGCAGUCCGGCUCGCUGCAGAGGCACCCAGACCGGAUCAGCACGAGCACCAGCGCCGGCACACACACCUUCUGCCUGUUCGACCACAUCACCGUGCGCAUCUCGGUGCAGUCGUCUCGCUGCCACGCGGACCGCCUGUGUCUGGAGGUGAUCAGCAGCCUACGGCACGAGGCCGUGGAGCCGGGCUCGCAGAAGGCGGGGCAGGGCAGGGCGGAGCUGGUGCAGGAGGUGGUGCGCUGGGCAGAGGAGGCAUCCCAGAGAGAGGCGGAGGGCCGGGCCGGGGCGCCCAAGCUGUCCCGGGAGGAGAGGGAGUUUCGGCAGAGCAAGAAGCCCAACCUCUAUACCAUCCUGCAGGAGAUCCAGGAGCUGGCGCUGUCAGACCCGAACCUGACUCCAGAACCACAGACCUGCACCACAACUGCCUGACUCUGUCCUGCUGACCCAGGAAAACCACAGAGACUCAUGGGACAAGACAUGCACUGCAAUCCACCGUUGGAGGUGGAUGCACUUGCUGCCUAUAUAACUGACCCUGGAUCAGUUUUACACCUAGUGGUUGGUUAGGAGGUCUGAUAUUGCAUCUGUUGUCUAGGGCAGGAAGCAAGGACAACUACCUUGAACCAACACAGAAGAAACUGGGGAAAAAGUAUUCAACAAGUCUUAAUGCUGCCUAAUAGGUUUUAUUUUAAAAGAAACAUUUCAUGCUGAUUAGUAUGUUUUGGAUAAUUCAUCUGGGGAUACAAGAAGA